ACUAAUGUCGUCUGCUUUUUAAUGGCAGUAGGCUUAGUAGCUACUUCCGAAACUACAGUCAAGUAAAUACGCUAGAACGCUAAACAAUGGACAUCCAUAGUCUGAGAGAUAGUUAUCGUAUGGCUGCAACCAACAUGAGAAUCGAGGACAUAGUUAAUGGUAUCAACAGUGGUGAUGAAAACAUGGAAAUGACUGCAACCUACGCUGUUCGUCAAUUCCUCAGCAGGUAUCCCAGCUCGGAUACCAUGGGUUAUUCACACAUUGACAUCUUCAUCAAUGCCAAUGUUGUUCCCAAGCUGGUAGAAUUCCUCAGCCGUGUCAAGAAUCCUGAUCUUCAGUUUGAGUCAGUCAGGGCCCUCGGCAACAUUGCAUCAGGCACAUCUGAUCAUACCAAAGCUGUCGUCAGUGCUGGGGCUGUUGGUGGUUUAAUAUCUUUCUUGGAUUCACCUGAUUCAGUUGUGGCCAACCAAGCUGUCUGGGCUCUCGGUAACAUCGCCGUAGACGGACCAGAGCUUCGAGAUUACGUCAUCGAGCAAGGCAUAAUUAAUCCUCUGAUCGCCUUGAUUAAACCCUACACCUUAGAUACAUUAUUAUUGCGUAACGUCGCUUGGACUUUGUCCUACUUGUGUCUCAACAAGAUUCCUCCGCCCAGUGUCCCACUGCUUCUUCCCGCCCUGGCCCAGCUUAUUCACAACGACGACGAGGAGAUUCUCGUCGACGCUUGCUCGGCUCUAUCUUACCUCACUGAUAGCCCCAACGAACUUAUUCAAGAAGUUGUUGACGCCGGAAUCGUCCCUCAGCUCAUCACUUUGCUGGACAACACUAAAGUGGCCGUCAUUACCGCCACUCUAAGGACCGUGUCUAAAAUUGCUGCUGGCAAUGCCAUCCAGAUCCAAGCUCUCAUCACCAACAACGUUGUUCGUCCGUUGAUGGACGUGCUGGGCAAAGGCGAUUUCGAAUGCCAAAAGGAAGCAGCUUGGGUCAUCACGAACAUCACCUCGGGUGGCACUUUCGAGCAGAUCGCUUUGUUGCAACAUUUGUUUGUUGGUGUCAUGGCUCCGCUGUACACUUUGUUUGAGGACAAAGAAGACAGCAAGACUAUCUCGGUCCUGUUGGAUGGCUUGGCUAAUAUUUUGGCCGCAGCCGAAACAAUGGGCGAUCUGGAGAAUGUUUCCCUUCACGUCGAAGAGUGUUAUGUCCUGGAUCGCAUCGAACUUUUGCAUAAUCUCCACGACGAUGAUGAGAUUUCUGACAAGGCCCUGGCCAUUCUGGAGCAGUACUUUCCAUUUGACGUGGAGAUGAGAAGACGUACGGGGAGAAGAGACUGACUGAGGGAUGCAGAUUCCAAGUUGGCUUAAUCUACAUCGCAGAGUGGCCAUUGCGAAUUAAACAACCAGCCAUCUCAAAAAGCCCCCGGAAGGAGGUUUCUCAUUGUAAAUUGUCAUUUAAAAUUCUUUUUUUUUCUGCCUUUACAAACGGUAAAUAUGUUUUUCACUUCUUUCCACGCUAUCCUCACUCCAUUGUGCGUUUUUUUUAAGAUUUUUCAAAAAAAAUUUAAACUGAAAGUCGCCAUUUGCUUUCAUUUCUGUCCCUGCACACGCCGUCCUCUUUCUGAAUGCGCGAUGAAAAAUACAAAAAAACUCGGAUCAACUUUGCAUUGGGUCAGUAGAUGUAAUUAUUAACAACUUACAACACUUGUACGACUUAUUAUUAAAGAACAAGAAGUAAUUUUUAAUAGCUAGAAGUAAACUAUUUUAAAUAUUUGCAUUCCCCUAUAAAUUGUGGUUUGUUUUCGGUAUUUCCCAGCAUAACUUCUUUGCAGUUCAUCAACAUCAGAAAAAGUAUAGUAGCAGUCUGUCAGCCACUUUAUGUCAGUCAUUCAGAAUAAUACUUCCGGCCGGAAUAGUCUCUAAAUUAGUACGUGUGUAAACUAUACUCAUUCACCGACGCGGAUGGCUGUCUACAUAGCGGACAGAUGGCUGUCUACACAGCGUUUAACUUACGAAGAACAGAUGAAUGACCGAACAGUAGUAGCCAACUUCGGAAGAAAACAUUCACAGUUAGACAUUCGAACUACUCCGUUUAUUUAGCAGAAGAAGACGUUCAUUGCACAUUGAAUAAACAGUUUAAAAACUGCACAACGAGACGGUACAAAUAGCGGCUGGAAGACUAGUGCAAGUCACAGAAGAAGCAAAGUCUCCGAACUGUGCAGACAAGUUAGUCGCCAUGCAUCUUCAAAGUAUUUCAACUCAAUUGGCUUGGAUUAUUGCUGCUACAUUUGUGGUGGUUUUCAUGUACUGCGCUCAAGUGGAAGCUUAUUUGGGUACUGCUUUUGUCACGAGCGUUACUACCGUGACUGUUACAUCUACAAGCCAAAAUCUUUGUGGAAGAUUAGUCAACGUCACCGGUGCUUGUCGUCGUCGCCGCAAUUUCAAAUUUGAAAAACCCGAAAUUCAAUUAUUUGGCGGAGAUUAUGACGAUACCAUCGAAUUGGCUUUCCCGAAUGCAUACUAUCGUAAUCAAUUUGUUCCUACAAAAACCCUCAGUAUGGAAGUGACACCACUGGUCAUGUUGCCUCAACCCAUUCCAUCCGGACGUAAUCCAUCGAUAGUCAGCCACCACCCUGGACUCCAUUCUUCUCAUCCCAUGUACUCCUUUAUUGGCAGCCGAAACAAGAGCCCUUACCUUCACCCAAGUCUCUACCAAGACCAAUUGAAACUCCAACAACAGCAAGAAUUUCAACAGCAACAACAGCGCAUCUUUUUCUCCGCCCUAUCCCUCGCCAAUUUGUUCGGCAGGACUACCGUGACCUACACGACAUUUAGAACAG